UCAUUACUAAACGGUCUCUUCUGCUCUGCUAUCGUCUCGGCCAGUAUCGACACGACCACAAUCGAUAUGAGCACUAUACCACUUUACGUUUCGGGCAAAAAGGCCUUCUGCUGGGAUGCACAACAUGCGGCCACGCUUCGUGUGCAACACCGCAUAUGCGGUCUUACCACUGGCACCCUUCCAGGAGUAUCUCAACAGAACGUUUUUCUAGGGCUACCGCUCGUCAUGAUGCCGGAAGAGGUGGUGCUGUUGGUACAAGAAGGUGUAUGUCAUCUGGUACAUACCCCUCAUGCUUUUCAAGCCCCCUCACGAUCCCAGGUCGUGGAACAAGAUGAAGCAAGACAAGAAUACGUACACAACCUGCGAGUCUCGAUGGCGGACGCUCUCGAAGAGAAGAAAAAAGCAUUCUCCCACAAGAUACAAAGCGUGAAACGGGACGAGGUCAAACGUCAGAGGGAAGAAAAGAGGCUGAACAAGGGAAAGGGAAAGGAACGCGAGGGUGGAGAGGUAGAUGCCGAGCUGGACGUGUUUAUCGUCGAUUCGCCCGCCCAGGCGGCAUCUACUGCUUCAGAAGAGGUGCCGAGGGAAACAGGCAGCAAACACAAGGACGUAACCAGCACGCCAUAUUUCUUGACGGUACCGGCUCAUCCAGACGUUACCCCAUCCCCGCAAUCUUGGUUCGAGCCUCGUCCUGGCGAGUCCUCCUUUACGGAUCUCGACUCGGCUCGAGCAGCGGGGGUGUGGACCUACCCCGACGACCUCGUCGAGACGUCGAGAUGUGCGACGUUUAGGAAGCUCUGGGAAGCAGGCAUGUACAUGGGUCAAGGUAUCAAGUUUGGUGGCGAGUUUCUAGGAUAUCCUGGCGAUCCUCUCCGAUAUCACAGUCAUUUCGUCACGACCACCAUGACGCACCCCGAGAGGGUGAUCCGACCGCUCGAGCUCGUCGCUUUCGGAAGGCUAGGGACGGCGACGAAAAAGGCGCAUCUCCUGUGUUGUUUCGACGAGGACGGCGAGAAGGGCAGGGUGGAUUGUUACAGCUUGGAAUGGGGCAACUUUGGUUGA